ACGAUUUAUGUUUAUAGUUUGAUUUCACAUGUCGCUAAGACCUUAAUAUCUCAUUUCGCCUUGGUAAAGUGUUGUUUGUUGUCAGGUUUUUAACAAGAAUUACGUUGUUUUCAUCUAAGGUGACUGUCCAUCUGGGUUUGUUUACCACCUGGGGAAACUAGCACGCUAAGCUAACGGAUUUCCUUAUGAAAUAGUUCUAACGUUACAUCGAACUUUCUAACUUUAGCAAACAACUAAACUGUGUAGUUUUCGGUCAAGUAGCAGCCUGGGGAGUCCGUGGCUGGCAAAUCUACAGCAAUGACCGCCGGUCAGAAGAAGGAAGACCGAAUGAAGAGGUUCCGUGAGCUGCAUUUGAAAAGGAACGAGGCCCGAAAGCUCAAUCACCAGGAGAUGGUGGAGGAGGACAAGAGGCUCAAGCUCCCGUCCAACUGGGAGGCCAAGAAGGCACGGAUGGAGUGGGAGCUGCAGGAGGGAGAGAAGAAGAAUGACUGCUUGGCGCGGGGGGAGGACUAUGAGCGUGUGAAGCUGCUGGAGGUCAGUGCGGAGGACGCCGAGCGCUGGGAGAGGAAGAAGAAGAAGAAGAACCCCGAUCCCGGGUUUUCCGGCUACGCUGAGGCCCAGCUGAGACAGUACCACCGGCUCACCAAGCAGAUCCGGCCCGACAUGGAGGAGUACGAGAAGCAGCGCGAGGCGUGCGGGGAGGAUUUCCACCCCACCACUAACAGCCUGAUCCACGGCACCCACGUCCCCAGCAAACAGGGCAUCGACCGCAUGGUGGAGGAUGUCGAGAAACAGAUUGAGAAGCGGGCGAAGUACAGCCGCAGGAGGGCGUACAACGACGACGCGGACAUCGACUACAUCAACGAGCGCAACGCCAAGUUCAACAAGAAGGCUGAGCGCUUCUACGGGAAGUACACCGCCGAGAUCAAGCAGAACCUGGAGCGGGGCACGGCUGUGUGAUCCUGCCCCCGGCCGCUCCCUGCUGCCCCAAACUGCCCCCGACCGCCCCCUGCUGCCCCAAACUGCCCCCUGCUGCCCCAAACUGCCCCC